AUGGGCAUCAUAUUUUCCACGGCCAAGGACAUAUUUUCCGGUGGAUCGUUCCGAACUUUGAGGGAAGCGCGAGAGGUGGGAAGGCAAAGACGAUCGGCUAUCGGUCGCGGACUCGAUCCUGAUCUCUACAGAGUGCACCUCAUUAGAGGGAAACGGCACUUUGACGUUAAAUACGACCUCAACUCAUGCCCGCAUGAGGAAAUCAAGGGAAACUACAAAAUCAAGGGUUUCUUGAGCCGCGGCGCUUGGGGUAAAGUUUUCAAGGCGAAACACAAUAAAGAAGAAGGGAGCUACGCGAUCAAAGUCAUACCAAAAAUCACGAAUAUAAGCAACGAGGAUAAGGAACUCAGGGUGAAGGAGAAAAAACUGCACUUCGCCUUAGUGAGCGAUUUCGUCGUUGCUCUGUACAGUGCAUACCAGGACCCUGUAAAUCUCUAUCUAGUCAUGGAGUACGCAAAGUACGGAAGCCUCGACAGAUUCAUCACGAAGCCGAACUCCCUGAGCGAGAACACCAUCAAACUCAUUGCCGCACAGCUGGUCUUGGGCCUAGAAUUCAUCCAUGGUUGUGACGUGAUAUACCGCGACCUGAAAGUUCAGAACGUCCUCGUUUUCUCUGACGGAUACGUGAAGAUCGGAGACUUCGGCUUGUCGAGACGUUAUGGAGGACGCGCACAUUCAUUAGUGGGAACGCCCGACAACAUGGCUCCAGAAAUGGCAGAUUCAGAGAAUGGGUACGGUCUGGAAGUGGAUUUCUGGGCUCUGGGCAUACUCCUUUAUCGGCUCGCGUACAACAUGCAUCCAUUCAGACCAGACCACGGAGCCUUUACGGAACGGGAGAUCCUCGAGCGGGCUCGAACAUGUCAUUUGCUUUUUCCCGGUGUAGAGGAGGAUGGUGAGCUAAACCCGACUGAGCAAUUUCUCGCUGGUCUACUCAGAAAAAUCCUCUGA